GAUAUAUAUGGUAAGUGCCUGCAAAAGUGCGAAGUCCUCCUAGGUCUCUGAUGCGGAGUCACGGAUUUGGAGCAGAAUCCCCCCCAGCCAGCAGCCUCUGCAUCUCUCUCCUCCUGUGCUUUCCCUCAUUGCCUCACUUCCUUUUGCCGGGACAGAUACUGUGUAGUAUCAGACACAGCCGCGAUCACAGCGGGGUAGAGGAGCAUGCACAGAAAUCACAGCCACAGACACACAGCAUAAACUCCGCUAAUAAGACAAAGAGGAAUAAACAGAGGCUGCCAGCAGCAGCAGCAGCAGCACCUCCUUUGUUGUGCCUGAACCAAGCUCCGGGCUGGGGUGGAGAAUAGAGAGGGGACGUCAUUUCUGGGAGGAAAACUUCUUACACCUAUUAAGCAACCGGUGCCCUGUGCAGCAGCAGCAGAGAGAGAGAGAGGGAGAGCCGUGGCCUCUGUGUGCCUGUGCCAUGGGCAGGAGAUCAGCAGCGCCCAGCUCUCUGCACGUGUAGCCGGCUACCCCCCACACCCGGGAUAUUUUAACCUCACAUAAUCAUGCAGUCAAUUGACUACAGAGGGGGAUCACGGCUGUUCCUCCAACCGCAGAACGGCAGCAAGAUGCGGUCGCCCGGCUAUGUGCCUGGUAGAAUUGUUCCGUUACGCCCACCACCCCCUCCAAAGACUCAAGCAUCUGCCAAAUUCAUUUCUGCAGGACAAGAAGCAAAUGCAACAUUUGGGUUUUCAGGAGAUGGACAACGCAGUGAAACACACAUCAUUCACAGGAGAAGACACAAAAAUACGUUGAUAUGCUUUACCGUUUCCAGCCUGUCAUUUUUUAUCAUCCUGGCCGUUGUUCUAGGAAUAUCCUCUAAGUAUUCUCCAGAUGAAAACUGUCCAGAUCAAAACUACUUUCUAAGUAACUGGAAUCCUGGGUUUGAUACCACAAAGAGAGUCGUCAUAAAGAAAGGAGAACUUUUCCGUCUGCAGUCGGAUGCCACAGUGCAUUCUAUAAUCAUACAGGAUGGAGGUAAGCUUGUUUUUGAAGACAAUGCAAAUGGUUCCAAAAAUAUUACACUGAGGACUCGUUUUAUCCUGAUAAAGGAUGGUGGAGCGCUCCAUAUUGGAGCAGAGAGAUGCCGCUAUAAAUCCAAAGCAAAUAUUAUCCUUUAUGGCAAAUCAGUUGAAGGAGACAGUGUACCAAUAUUUGGGAGGAAGUUCAUUGGCGUGUCAGCUGGCGGAACACUGGAAUUGCACGGAUCUCAAAAAUUAUCUUGGACCCUGUUGACAAAAUCAUUGACAUCGUCAGGUCUUGUGCCUGGGUCUUACAGCUUUGAACGGGUUUACUACAGAGGUCUGAACUUAAGAGUUGUGGAUCAAGAAACCGCUCAAGUUUUAGUAACUGAGAAGUUUGACACUUUUCAUUCUGAGGAUGAAAGUAAGCGGCUGCAGGAAUUCCUGACCACGCUGGCGCCUGGCACUAUCGUCGCCAUGGCAGCAGGUGACUCGGCAGAUAAAAGUCUACUGUAUGAAACUCGGCUAGCUAUUCAGCGAUUUCUCGGCAGUAGUCGAAUCAAAGACUUGGGCUAUAGACAUGCCUGGGCCCUUGUCAGUAUUAUUGGUGGGGGUAAUACGUCAUGUGUUGAGAAUAGUAGAAUCUAUGAAAACCACAGCACUGGAGGGAAGGCAGAGGCUGUAAAAGUUUUCUCUACGUUGGAUGGGCAGAGAUUUGCUGUAGUUGCAUAUAGUGAAUGGAAAGAUGGUAAAUCCUUUUCUGGCUUCAGGGUGGAGGCUGUUGAUGGUGUUGUGUUGGAUCUUAUGGACAAUGUUCGCAGUUGGCAGCCUGGAGACCAAAUAGUUGUUUCAAGCACUGAUUAUUCCAUGUAUCAAGCUGAAGAGUUUACUCUACUCCCUUGUCCAGAAUGCAAUGAAUUUCAAGUUAAAAUAAAAGAAACACCCAUGUAUUUCCAUAUGGGAGAAAUAUCUGAUGGUUUGGACAUGCGGGCAGAAGUGGGAGACCUUACAAGGAACAUUGUAAUCCAAGGAGAAAUGGAGAAGUCCUGUUAUGAGGACAACCAGUGCCAAUUCUUCAGCUAUGACACCUUUGGAGGGCAUAUUAAGAUACUACGGAAUUUCACCUCUGUCCAUCUGUCCAACGUGGAAAUGAAAUACAUGGGGCAACAGAUAAUGGGAAGUUACCCUGUCCACUUUCACUUGUGUGGCGAUGUUGACGAAGUAGGUGGCUACAGCGCAGGCACUUAUGUGGAAGGAUUAGCCAUUCAUCAUAGCUUUUCCAGAUGUGUCACUGUCCACGCAACAAAUGGCUUACUGAUAAAGGACACAAUUGGCUAUGACACACUGGGGCAUUGUUUCUUCUUGGAGGAUGGCAUUGAACAAAGGAAUACUCUGUUUCACAACCUGGGACUUGUUACUAAGCCAGGCACUUUAUUACCCACAGACCGAAAUAACAGUAUGUGUAUGGCCAUGCGGGAUAAAGUGUAUGGGAGUUACGUCCCUAAUCCUGCCACCGACUGCAUGGCUGUAUCAACCUUCUGGAUUGCAAAUCCCAACAAUAACCUGAUAAGUAAUGCAGCAGCUGGCUCUCAGGAUGCGGGAAUCUGGUAUGUGUUCCAUAAGUCCUCAACAGGUGAAUCCAGUGGCCUGUUUCCAGAUACCAAAUCAGAACUUACACCGCUUGGCAUAUUCUACAACAACAGAGUCCAUUCCAAUUUUAAGGCUGGCUUGUUUAUCGAUAAAGGUGUGAAGACGACAAACGCAAGUGCUGAAGACCCAAGAGAGUAUCUGUGUUUGGACAAUAAUGCCAGAUUUCGACCUCAUGUUGAUGCUGACCCAUUGAAGCCCAGGGUUGCAGCAGUAAUUGAUGGACUUGUUGCCUUUAAAAAUAAUGACCAUGGUGCUUGGGUGAGAGGCGGAGACAUUAUUAUACAGAAUUCUGGAUUUUCUGACAACGGAAUUGGACUCACAUUUGCAAGUGACGGCAGUUUUCCUAAAGAUGAAGGUUCCAGUCAGGAAGUCUCUGAAUCUCUGUUUGUUGGGGAAAGUAGAAAUUAUGGAUUUCAAGGAGGCCAAAACAAAUACUGGGGGACUGGAGGAGUUUAUAAUAAAAAUCGCACACUUCCUAGAAACAGGACUUUUCCAAUCAGAGGUUUUCAGAUUUAUGAUGGGCCUGUUCGUCUUACAAAAAGCACUUUUAAAAACUUUGUGCCAACACCUGACCGGUUUACAAGUGCUAUUGGCUUUCAAAUGAAAAACCCUUGGCAGCUGACCCCAAGGAAUAGUGUUUCAUAUCUUAAAUUUGGAGCUAAUGUUUCAUUGAGAGCUUUCUUUGGUCAACCAGGACCAUGGUUUGAAACAGGUGACCUGGAUGGAGAUAAAAAUUGUAUUUUCCAUGAUGUAGAUGGAUCUGUAACAAACUAUAAUAAUACCUAUGUGGCACGGAUGGACAAUUAUUUGAUUAGACACCCCUCGUGUGUCAAUGUUACAGAAUGGAAUGGGGUCAUUUGUAGUGGAACAUAUGCACAGGUCUACAUUCAAGCACGAAACCCGCAGAAUCUCACUAUGACUAUGGCAAGAGAUGAAUACCCUUUAAAGCCAAUGUCUCUUCGGGGAAUCAACCAAAAAGCACCUUACCAGCAAUAUCAGCCAGUGGUGAUGUUGCAGAAAGGAUACACCAUACACUGGAAUGCACAGGCACCACAAACCAUUCACCUUUAUCUAAUUAACUUUGACAAAGAUGACUGGAUCAGAGUUGGUCUGUGUUACCCCCCAGACACUAGCUUUCAGGUGAUGUCACAGAUUGUUAAAAGCUUGACGAUUCCCGUUGAAGAAUACCAGCCGGUGUCCUCUAUAGAGGAACUGCAGAAGAAAAUAUUUGAGAGGAAGUUUUUCUUUGAUAACGACACAGGAUUACUCUUUCUCUUCCUCCAAGCAAAACACAACCGCGACAGUCACAGCUAUUGCUCUUCUCAGGGAUGUGAAAGAGUGAUGAUCAAUGCUACAUUUCGCUCCAAAGCAACAAGCAACUGUAUGGCCAAGGCAUACCCCAAAUAUACCAAAGCACCAGCUGCAACAAAACCAAUGCCAAUUAAAUCAACUGCAACUUGCACCAGAUGUGGUGCAUCUCAGGUGGUGUAUACCAGUGAUCCUCAAAAUGUCUACCUCCAUGUGGAAAUUCAGUCUCUUAGCAAAGCGGAAAUCCAACAAAAGGCUGUAGAAUCUUUUAUUGCAGUUAAUGGCACGAAGUAUUUAUUCCAAGAAGUUGGUUUAUUCGUUGUUGUCAUUGACUCUUGCACUGGAACAGUAAAAGAAGCUCUGUUCUUCCCACAAGAUGAUUUUGAGCGACUGGAAAAAUAUUUAGAAAAUAAAAUUCCGCAAAGAUCAAUAGUUGUUGUAGCGUCACGGGGAUCCAUUGUGGAUUAUGGUAACAUUGCACAGCCAUUUUACACUCUUGGAACAGCCAAACCAGCAUCUCUUAAAAAUAAAGGUAGCAUUGCCUUUAUAGGAUUCAAUGGAAAGUUUAAACCAUCGUGGUCAAGACUGUUCACAAGUCCUGCUGGGCAGGGCUUGGGCCUACUGGAGCGAUAUAUCCCUCUACAGCAGGAUGCAUACGAGUGCCGAAGAACCAACACAAACAAAAGAAAAGAUGUAGAUCUAUUGAAGAAAGCUUUAAAGACACAUUAGAUUAAUAUGCGCCUUAAGGGGCAUGUCAAACAGAAAAUGUGAACUAACUUAUUUAAUUUAUGGCAAGUACACUGUUAUCCAGCCUAAAUCAUUUUACUGUAUUAUUACAGCGGUGGGCCUAAAAUCUACGCCCCAAUGCCAAUGCACCUUCUAGUUGUAUAUAAUCAUGAAUUAUUUUUUGACUGUUUUGUAAAGAUAGAUUUUGCAGAUGUUAUGGUUUUUUUGAUUUGGUGGUUUUGUAUGUGGUGUAAACUGUAUUUUUAUACUUUUAUAUUACUGAUUAUUUUAUGGAUUUGACUGGAAGUGUUUCUAAGUGUGUGUUUCUUUGUCCCGUGGGUUACUUGAAAGAUAUUUUAUCAUUAAAUUCUUUCUACACGUUA